AUCCCCGGCCACAGCCCCAGCCCCACUAAGGAGAUAGGACGGAUCCCCGACGAUCGGACUCACGGACGGGUCCCUGACAGUAGGCAGGGCGAUGGACACCUUUAGCACCAAGAACCUGGUGCUCCAGGCCCAGAAGAAGCUCCUGAGCAAGAUGGCAUCCAAGGCAGUGGUGGGUGUGCUCAUUGACGACACAAGCAGUGAGGUGCUGGACGAGCUUUAUCGCGCCACCAAGGAGUUCACGCACAGCCGCAAGGAGGCCCAGAAGGUGCUCAAGAACUUGAUCAAGGUGGCCAUGAAACUGGGCCUGCUUCUGCGUGGGGGCCAGCUGGGUGUGGAGGAACUGGCGCUGCUGCGACGUUUCCACAACAGGAUGCACUGCCUGGCAAUGACGGCUGUCAGCUUCCACCAGGUGGACUUCACCUUUGACCGGCGUGUGCUGGCCGCUGGCCUGCAGGAGUGCAGGGACCUGCUGCACCAGGCUGUGGGCCCACACCUCACAGCCAAGUCCCACAGCCGUAUCAACCAUGUCUUCGGCCACUUGGCUGACUGUGAUUUCCUGGCUGCACUCUACAGCCCAACUGAGCCCUACUGCUCCCACCUGUGCAGGAUCUGUGACGGCCUUAACCGGAUGCUCGACGAGGGCAGCAUAUGAGCUCUCAGACCACCUGCCUGCGGGCCCCUCCUUCUGUGGUUUGUCUACUGUGGGUGUUGUGGGGGCGUGGAUUUGGUGGAUUCUUAAUCUUUUCUCCCAGUUGAACUCUGACCAAACAACACUGGACAGGUGACCCGUCCCCUUUGAGAAGAUGCUGAACAACUGGAACCACUGUUGCCCCUCCUCCCUGCCCAGCCCAACUGGGAGAAAAAUUCAGGUCUGCUGCCUCUUCAGGGCCCACCUCUUGCCCCCAUUUGCAUUUCAUGACCCAUGCUGGGCCCGGAGUCACUUGAUGUAAGCCAAAGGCUGCAUGUCCCACUUAUGAUGUUGCCUGGGUUUUGUCAUUCCUUCAAAUAAGGUCAUGAUGAACUGGAAGAAAAGGAGUGUUAUAGGGUGAAUUGUGGCCCCCACAAUUUGAUACCAACCCAACCCCUAAAACCUCAGGUGGCCUUCUUUGAAAAAAGAGUCACUGCAGAUAUAAUUAAUUCAGAUGAUGUCAUUCUGGAGUAGGGAGGGCCCUAAUCAAUGACUGGGAAUAAAACACAACUGUGGACAGAUACACACAUAGGGGCAAUAGCAAUGUAAAGAUGGAGGCAGAGGUCAGAGUGAUGCUUCCACAUGCCAAAGAAUGUCAGGCAUGCCAGCCACCACCAAAAGCUAGGAGAGGCCAGCGACAGACCCUGUUGGCCUCAGAAGGACUCACCCUGCCCAGACUUUGAUGUUGAUGUUGGGACUUCUGACCUCCAGAACUGAGAGGUUCUAUUGUGUAAGCCCCAAGUCCAUGGGAUUUUGCCCUGGAGCUCCAGUUAGAGAAACUUCUGGUAGAUGCUGGUGAGUUUGGCAGGGACACCUCAAUCUGUCUGGAAACAUGCAGCUCUGAUGAUGUAUGUUUAGAAAACCAA